UUUACAUCGUUGUUAUGGCAACUUGCUUAUACAAAAGCAUGGCCAAUGGCCGUGUUCAAAAUUUUCGUGUUUACUGUCAUGUUGUCAAGUUAUAAUGUAACCGGGAAACAAUUUUAUUAUUGAUUAAACUUUUGUAGUUAAUUGAAUGUUAUAUGUAAGGGUAGAUUGUGAUUACGAAAUAAAUCUGGAAUAAUGUUCAAGAACACUUUUCAGUCAGGGUUUCUGUCAAUUCUUUACAGUAUAGGCAGUAAACCUUUACAAAUCUGGGAUAAAAAGGUUCGAAAUGGGCACAUAAAGAGGAUAACAGACAACGAUAUACAGAGUUUAGUGCUGGAAAUAGUUGGUACCAAUGUUAGUACGACGUACAUUACUUGUCCCGCCGAUCCGAAGAAGACCCUCGGCAUUAAGUUACCAUUUUUGGUUAUGAUAAUUAAAAACCUCAAAAAGUACUUCACGUUUGAAGUUCAGGUGUUAGAUGACAAAAACGUUAGAAGGAGAUUUAGGGCUAGUAACUAUCAAUCUACAACAAGAGUGAAGCCUUUCAUCUGUACUAUGCCGAUGAGACUCGACGAGGGAUGGAACCAAAUUCAAUUCAAUCUAGCUGAUUUCACUCGUCGAGCUUAUGGCACAAACUAUGUUGAAACACUUAGGGUCCAAAUACAUGCUAAUUGUCGAAUAAGAAGAGUAUACUUUUCUGACAGAUUGUACUCGGAAGAUGAGUUGCCAGCAGAAUUUAAGUUAUUCCUUCCUAUACAAAAUAAAGCUAAGACAGCAGUUGCAACAUAAAAUUCAUUAGUACAAAUAUAAAUAUGAAAUGGUUUUAUCAAUAAUUAAUUUAGUAAAUAUACCACUAAGUCUAUCUUA